AGCCACCCGCGGCUUCACUCGCCCAGUCCGGCCGCUCCAGUCCGGAUCUCUCUGCCUCCCGACCCGGGUGCGAGUUCCAGCAGCUGGCGAGGAGGCGGCAGCGGCUGGCCCGGGUUCCCCUCUGCCGCCUCGUCAGCCCGAGGUUGACGGGGAGAGAGCGGCCGGGCAGCCCCUGGAGCCCCUCCGAGGACAAUGCACCCGGCGCUGGGCCACCCUCGCGCGCUCUCGUCCGCGCCCGCCUCCUUUCCGCCGCCCCCCGCCGCAGCCCGGCUACAGCCCCUCUUCCUCCGGGGGGGCUCCUCCCGCGGCCGGAGAGGCUCGGGCGACAGCAGCACCAGCACCAGCACCAGCCGCGGGGGGUGCGGCGGCAGACGCGGCGGAGGCGGCGGCUCCCCGAGCAGCAGCACAGGCGCGGAGCGAGAGGACGACGACGAGAGCAUUAGCAUCAGCAAGCCACUGGUGCCCGCCGCCGCCGCGCUCCCCGGGCCCCCAGCUCAGGGGGGCGUCCCAGUCUCCGCCACCGCGCCCGCCGCCGCCUCCUCCACUUCCACGCCCACCUCUUCCUGCAGCAUGACCGCCGCGGACUUCGGCGCGGGCGCCGCGGCCGGCACCGUCGGGGGCCCCGGGAGCCGCUCGGCGGUGGGCGCAGGCGGCACCGGGACCGGCGGCGCCGCCUCCUGCUGCUCGUGCUGCUGUUGCUGCUGCGGCCGCCCCACUCGCUCCGGCCGUAGGGGUCGGCGCCGGGGCUGCUCGCCAAGCCCCGGCUGCCGCUGGGGCUACCAGGCGCUGUCUGUGGUGCUGCUGCUGGCGCAGGGCGGUCUGCUGGACCUGUACCUCAUUGCAGUCACUGACCUGUACUGGUGCUCUUGGAUCGCCACCGACCUCGUGGUGGUGGUGGGCUGGGCCAUCUUCUUCGCCAAGAACAGCCGGGGCCGUCGGGGCGGCCCAGCGAACAGCAUGCACAACCACCACCAGCUCCACCACCACUCGGCUCCGCCUCUGCACCUAUCCGCAGCGGCGUCGGCGGGGGCCGGGGCCAAGGCUCGCGGGGGCCGAGGAGGUUCUGGAGGCUCCGGAGCCGGGCCGGGGACGACUGGGGCAGCGGGCGAGUUCGCUUUUGCGUACCUGGCCUGGCUCAUCUACUCCAUCGCUUUCACCCCUAAGGUGGUGCUCAUCCUGGGCACAUCCAUCCUGGACCUCAUCGAGCUGCGCGCGCCCUUUGGCACCACGGGCUUUCGCCUUACCAUGGCGCUGUCCGUGCCGCUGCUCUACAGCCUAGUGCGUGCCAUUAGCGAGGCGGGCGCGCCCCCGGGCUCGGCGGGUCCCCUGCUCCUGCAGCCACAGCAGCAUCGCGCCGCGGGCUGCUUCCUGGGCACGUGUCUGGACCUGCUGGACAGCUUUACACUGGUGGAGCUGAUGCUGGACGGCCGCGUGCCGCUUCCGGCGCACCUGCGCUACCUGCUCAUCGCCGUCUACUUCCUCACUCUUGCCUCCCCAGUGCUCUGGCUGUACGAGCUGAACACUGCCACAGCAGCUCCGUCCUGGGGUCAGACCUCCGGGCCCGGAAGCUGCAGCCGCCUUUUACGUUUGCUGGGCGGCUGCCUGGUGGACGUGCCCUUGCUGGCGCUGCGCAGCCUCCUGGUCGUGAGCUACCAACAGCCGCUGUCCAUCUUUAUGCUCAAGAAUCUCUUUUUCCUUGGCUGCCGUGGCCUGGAGGCCUUGGAGGGCUGCUGGGACCGGGGGAGUUGGGUAUCCCCAAGUCGGGCCAGAAGCAGCUAUGGUGCUCCUCCCUCUGCCCCUCCCCCACCUCCACCACCACCACCUCAGGGAGGCUCCCAGCGGGGCCACUUGGAAAAUGAAGGGGGCCCUCAUGGCUAUGUCAACACUCUAGCUGUUGCCUCUCAGAAUUGAAGCAGUGAAGGGCAGGGGCCCUGUUCUUGGCUUUAGGGUUUCCGCCCCCCCUUGGCUGUGUUUGGAGGUAAGUGUUGAUAAGGCAGAAGGCCAGUGGAUUCUUCUGCACCCCGUGGGUAGAGACUGCUUGGAGGGAGACCAGCAAUAUACCGUGAGGAAGAAGGGCCCAUGUUCACCGCGGUCUUCUUCCCUGUCCUGACAUACAAGGGAUUGGAUACACGUGCCACCGGCUUUUCUCGCCUUCAUCCUGAUUCCUAUUCCUGUAGGGGAGAAUGGAGGAAAGGGGUUCAGGCAGGGAUAGUGAGCAUUGGGGUGUGUGUGUGUGUGUAGUGUAUUUUCUGGGUGUCAGUCCCAUGCCCCUUGCAGUGGGAAGGAGAUCUAGAGAGGCCUUGCUUCACAACACACCUACCACCAUGCUUUCCUACCUGGACUGAUGACCACCGUCCCCUCGAUGGAGUUGUUGCUCGGUUGCUGUACUCCAAGGGAGAAGCUCGCCCAGGGUCUUCCUCCCUCCUGCCCCUCUCUGCUCAGCCUGGGGAGGAGCAGGUCUCUAUGGAAGGACCAAACACCCACCCUUUCUUGGGUGAGCACGCACUCUACCUCUGUGCUUCGAUUUCCAGUGCAUCACACACUGAUGCUGCUUGAAAAAAAAAAUCAAACACUCAGAAGUUGCAUUCAACAGGGCCACUGGAUCCCCUUGGGAUUCGGUGCCAGAUAUUACAGGGUCUGUGGAGUACCAGCCAUUGGCUUGCUCUCCCUUUGUUCCUCCCUCUGCACCAGAAUAAUUAUCCUUCCUGUGUUGGUGCCAGCCGGGUUGGAAUUGGGUUCAGAGCAACUGCUUUAGCGUGUUCAAAUGUAUGUGAGGUCAGGCCUCUUAGGGACCCGGGCAGUAGCACCGGUGCCUUUAGAAAACUUGGCACAGAGCAGAGAGGGUGUGUGACCUUUCACCUCUCCUCUGCUUCAGAUCUCUUCAGGGAGAAGGCACACUGCAGAGCCCUCCUGCCUAGCCUUCCCCAGCAGGGUUCCCUGGAGAGGCUGUCCUUAGGAUUGUCCUUCAAGGGAAGUCAGGGUUGGCUCCUGCAGGCUUCAUGAGGGAUGUCAUCCUUGGGGUCUUUAAGGCAGGAUAUGUAUUCUGAGGGCAAUCAAGGUUCAGAAGGCACAAGGAGCCAGGCUGGGGUAUACUCACCCCAACAAGGAGCCAGGCUGGGGUAUACUCACCCCAACAAGGAGCCAGGCUGGGGUAUACUCACCCCAACAAGGAGCCAGGCUGGGGUAUACUCUCCCCGACAAUGGGGUUGGGGGCGGGAGGGUUCCUCUCCUUCUAUUUUGGGAGUUUUAUGUGGCGUAAUGAACCUAGACAAGAGACCAGAAAAAAAUGAUCUGUAGUUCUGUCUGUUACCUGCUAGGUUUGAACACCGUACCAUUUUACUGUUUAGGCCUCUGGGGUAGUGUUCUUUGAGUUGGGGCUUGAAGAGUCUGGUCAUAACGCUGCCGUAAAGGUAGUCAGAGAGGAACUGUCCAGGUGGACUUGAGGAGGGCUCUGCUUCUGUACCAUGUCUGGCCUUAGGCUGGGAGAACUGAGGGAGGUUUGCCAGCUAGGGUGGGGGACAGGCAUCGCAGGGUCCUCUAAAGCCAAGCACAGGGGAAGGCCCAGAGUGCCAAGUCACUGACUAGUAACUUAGCAGCCAGGCCCAUGUCCCUCAUUCCCUUUGCCUCUGUUAGGACCUUCUGAGAACCAAGGGCUGUAUGGGGCCCCUCUUAUUCAGCUGCCCAGGGCUAUGGGCUGAGGGUAUCUAUGUGGACAGAAGUGUGGACGGCUGAGCUGGAACACUCGUGGGCCUGCCCAGCUAAUGUGGGCCGUGUGGAGGGUGUUUACAGUCUGCGCUCUAUACUCCUGCUCUCUCGACUUCGGCCGACUAGCUGCUUUUCACAGUAAGCCUGCCUUUUCUCCUCAACCUGGCUGACUGUCCUUCUGACUGGACUCAUGGUCCUGGGCCUAAGGCCCGGGCGGGGGCUGCAGCUGCUCCCAGUGCUCUGACUGUGUCCCCCAGCUUCGCUGUGUUUCUUGCUACCUAAUUUCAAUGACUGUGAAAAGAAAUGAUCUCUGAGCCAUGGCCGGCUCUGGCUGGCCCCCAACCCACCCUCUUUCUACUGUUUGGAUAGCUGUCCCUCUGCUGUGGAAAUGCUGUCUGCUGCUGAGAGACUGCCACUGGAUUUAGGACAGGAAGGCUGACAUUUCCUUGGUACAUCAAGAGACAUGGUCACAUGGCCACGUGUGAGUGAGGCCAGGGUUGCUGAGGGCCUAGUGAGGGCCCAGCACAGGUCCUGUACAUCAUCUACAAGUCUUCUGUGAGUGUCUGACUCAGGGCUGGUUCCUUCCUCUGGGCUAUUUAUUUUGGCUCUUUUCAGUCAUUCCCCUGUUCCAUUCACACAUGACCUACUAGGAAGGCCUCUUUGUUUCAUCUCUUGCUUUCUAGGGUAUCUGUAGACAGGGAUCAGACUUGAGAUGUCCCCAAAGUGUCAUGACCAGAAUAGUACACUGUCCUGAGUCCCGAAGAAUGGACUAUGGAAGGAAGGCUAGGCUCAGAAUUUAGCCUCGUGGGCUCCUAGCCUCUGAGCAUAGAGGCUGAGGGCCUGGUACCUGAGUUUUAAAAACAAGUUAAUUACUUUGUAGUACUGAGGUUUAAACCUAGGGCCUCAGGCACGCUUGACGAAUGCUUGUCAGCCUGCCGCUCAACAUCCCCAACACCAAGUCUUAUUCAGUCUGUGCUCUCUCUAAAGACUUGCAUCCCAUCUUUUAAACAUUUCUUUUAGUGGGUGUCUCACUGUGUUCCCAGGGCUGGCUUAGAAUUUGGGGGUUUAGGAGACCCUCUUUAGCCUCUCAAGGAAACAGGAGUGCCCUGUGUCAUCCAACCAAGACUGUGCCUGUUAACCAUGCUCUGGGAAGCCGGCCGAUGUGGGGGCCCAGAGCUGGGACAGCAAGCCCGGAAGAGGCAGAGAAGUGGCACCUCGCUAGCAUUCAUCACAUUCCCCCCCCCCUUUUAAAAAUAAAACCAGACUCUGUUCUGAAAAUAAAAACUUGAGACUUGUGACAAGC